CUAUGACGCUGCGUUAGCGUGCUAUGCGGUAGUAAUUUCCUUUAGCAAUGGCAGUUAUCGAGAUAGAAAAGCGACGAGGGAGAAAUGCAGCCCUCGCCAUCGCAGCCGUGGUCAUCGUCGUGGGCAUUCCGCUGUGGUGGAAGACCACUGAAACCUACCGCGCCUGGCUCCCCUUUUCACAAAUCGGCGAGCUCGACUCCUUACAACUCCAGUUAAGUGUUGAGGUUGAGGUGGUCUUCUCUCGAGGAACACUGAUCCCAGAGCUGCAGAAGAAGGUUCCACUCACUGAAACCAGAGAGCAGGAGCACCAAGUGGAUGCUAAGACAGGGCUGCAGUACAGAUAUGAAACCAAGUAUCGCACAGCCACCAUCAUGGAAGACGAUGCUUUAAACCAGCCGACCGCUCAAGAGGCAGAUCUUUCCCUGCACAUGCUCAGUGAGAGUGCUUGUGGGUCUGUGGUUGUGUACAUCAUCCCUGAGACGUCCACUCUGCUACCAGAGGGUGUGACGGUGUAUGUUGGCCAGCGGCGCACUGCCCUGUUACGCACCACUGUGUUUCAAGGGAGGGGGGGCCUGAAGGAGGUGUUGUCUGCUCUGCACCCUCUUGUGAAGCAGGUGGUCGACACCAUGUCCUUCAGCCACCAGGACAUACUGGCUUCCCUAAGUGACCGCAUGCGUGCAGGUCAGAUCAGCAAGGAGAGCCUGGCUGACAGCAUGAGGGCCAUCAAGUCCAGUCCAGGUUAUGAAAUCACCUUCAGUCUCCUAAACCCUGACCCAAAGUCCCACAGCCUGCACUGGGACAUUGAGGGGGCUGUUCAUAGCUACAUCCAGCCUCUUCUGGAUAAGCUGACUCCAAUAGCGAACUUCUCAGUGGACUCACAGAUCCUGUACUAUGCAGUGUUAGGGGUUAAUCCUCGUUUCGACAACAGUGUAUCAGCCUAUACACUUAAUGCAGACAGCCUGGCCCACGUCAUCAACCCUGUGGAAGCCAGGCUAGGCUCCAAUGCUGCGUCUUCAAACCCCGUGCUGAAUUUCCUCCUGUAUGUUCCGGAUGCCCGCCACUCUCCGCUCUUUAUCAGGGACCGCAGCCAGAAGGAGGUGCCCUCCAAUGCCUUCCACAGCCCCCGCUGGGGGGGAAUAAUGGUCUACAAUGUGAAUGACAUGUAUGACUCCAAGGCAGAAUUUCCUGUAGAUAUCGACAUCAGCAUGGCCAAAGUAAUGGGCGUAUUCUUGGCCCAGUUAAGGUUGUUGCUGGGAGUGCAGAAGACCCAGCCUCCCCCCGGUUUCCUGCUACAGAGCCCGGGCAGUGCUGGCUUGGCCGACUGGGAGCUUGACCGGCUGCUCUGGAGCCGCAGUGUGGAGAACGUGGCCACGGCCAGCACCACCAUCACAUCCCUUGCACAGCUUCUUGACCAGAUCAGCAACAUCGUCAUCAACGACAACAUCGCCCAGCAGGUUUCCAGUGCGGUAAUGUCUCUUCACGCUGCCCUGGCUGAGCUAGAGGUUGGAGACUUGGCCCUUGCCCUGCAGUACAGCCAAGAGGCCAUUUUGGCUUCGGAGAAGGCAUUUUUUGAUCCCUCUCUUUUGCAUCUUCUGUACUUUCCGGACGACCAGAAGUUUGCCAUCUACAUCCCCCUGUUCUUGCCCAUGUGUGUGCCAAUUGUACUCUCGCUGCUUAAGAUUGGCAAUGAGGUUAGACAAAGACGUGCAGACAAACUGGCCAAAAGGGACUGAACACCCCCAACUCCUACACACAAAGUGUGGGUGCAUUUUAACUAUUAAGUCAAUGCACUGUUGUUUUGUGUGUGUGUGUGUGUGUGUGUGUGUGUGUGUGUGUGUGUGUUUGUUUAAUAUUUGGUUAAUCCAAGUAUGUUAUUCCUAGAAGUGUUUCCUUUUGAAGAAUGACCAUUAGAUUUUUUGUUCAAUCACAAGGCUGAUUGUAAUGCAGGCAUGCAUAAUACUUUAUUAAUUUACACUUCAGUCAUCCAGAACACUCUUCCCAAAUUCCCUUUAACAUGAACCCACAUUUUCAGGUACUUCUCUGAUUUUCUUUAAUGUUGGCAUGUCCGUUAUAGUCAGUUUAGUAUUAACUUGACCAGAGAUUUGAGUGUUAGACCUUUACAUGAUGCUCUUAAGAUACACUCUGACAGAAUGAUCUCGCAAUAUUAGCUACAGUCACUGAUCUGUCAUGGUACAUUAGCAUAUUUAUAUAAUGGUCUCAUGGCAGCAUUUAAAUGAAGUUUAGUUGCUGCAUACUAACAGCAGCAGCUUCUGUGCCAAGGGAGCUUAGAUUUUAUUAAAACCAGAUGUUUUGUUGUAUGGCUCCAUUUAGUGCAGAAUGUUUGCUCAUUUUAGGUUUUACUGAACAAGUCUGUACAAUAGCAUAUCAUGGAAGAUAUGCUAAAAAGAUGCAAGGUAUGUUCUGAGAGCAACAGAGAUCUUAAUCCCAUAUGGUUGUAAAACAAAGCGAAACGUUCACUGAAUGGGAUGGUUUAAAAUCUCAAGAGCAAGGAUGAGCAUAUCCACUCCUGAAGAAAUACUUCCCUGCAAAAAUUACAUCCAGCCCUGAUCUGGUUAAUCAAUGCCUUCAGCACUAUCUACAUAUUAAGAUCAGAUGUGUGAGAACUCUACAGGGCGGUAGAUCUCCAGAACUGGAGUUGGGUAGCCCCUAAGUAUUUUACUUCUUUAUCUUUUAUAUUAGAACGGUCUUACUAUUUAUCACACUGCAAGUUUUUGUUGUUGUUGUUGACUAUCUUGUGCAAGUAACUGUUUUUUAUGUACUGUAUAACGGUGUUUAUACAAAAAUGUAGGUCUACUGUCAAACCAGUCUUUUUUUUUUAAACUACUGAUCGUUUUCUUUUACGCCUUGUUGCUGGCCAUGACAAUAUACACAUUUUCUUUUUUCUUGUUGGAUGGACAUAAAAAUAGUUCAACUGAAAUCUGGAAUAGCCUAAUAACAUCACAAAAUGCAAAGGAUGACAAAGGGGUGUAAACACGUUUAACAAUGCGAGCUUUUCUUUGGCGUGUCUGUUUACUUGAAGGUCUUGCCGUACUUGAUACAUGAUGUUGCUGUGAUGCAUCCGGACAUUACGAAGAACUGCAUGUCUUUUUUUUCUUUGUUAUGAACAUCUCUCACGCACUCAACGUAACCCAAAAAAUCUUGAAAAUAUUUGCAAAUUACAAAUUACGUCACAGAUUAUAAAAUCUAAAACUUUCGAGCAUA